AUGGUUGACGCCGUGAUGAGUACCGUAGUCGCUGUCGCUUCCGCCUUCGCGCUUUCACGGACACGAUGUUGGUGGGUGAUGUUGGUUGAGCGCGGCUGCGAUGAGGAACGCCGUGUCGGGUAGGA